CGAAACUGUGAGCGAUAAGAGGGAAGGGAGAGAGAGAGAGAGAGAGAGAACGAGUGCUUCACAUGAACCAGAGCUCCUUCCCGCAAAGCAAUGCCUGGCAUCAUCUGAAUUCUAUGUAACUUUUUCCGUAUCUUUGACGUUGCUUUCGCCAAUUUCACUGUCUUUGUCUCCGAAUAUCCAAGAUCUUGGAGGAUAAUGCUAUCUCUGAGAAACAUUUUUCAGAGGAAGGCUUGAUCCGGCCUGAAAUCUUCGAUUAUUGAGGUUUUUUCUGCUUCACUUCAUCUUGGGCUGUUAAGAGAGGAGCAACCUCAAAGGCUUAGGACUUCAAUGUUAUUUGCUUAAUCAAAGGACUUUAGGUUGAUUUCCAGAGAGGAUGGCGUCAUGGGAUCAACUGGGGGAAAUUGCAAGUGUGGCGCAGUUGACUGGAGUAGAUGCUGUGCGGUUGAUUGCGAUGAUUGUAAAAGCUGCAAAUACUGCACGGAUGCAUAAGAAAAACUGCAGGCAUUUUGCACAGCAUCUGAAGUUAAUUGGGAACUUGCUGGAGCAGCUCAAGAUCUCAGAGCUAAAGAGGUAUCCAGAGACUAGGGAACCUCUGGAGCAGCUGGAAGAUGCCCUCAGAAGGUCUUACAUAUUGGUCAAUAGUUGUCAAGAUCGGAGCUACCUUUAUUUGCUGGCCAUGGGUUGGAACAUUGUUUAUCAAUUCAGGAAGGCUCAGAAUGAAAUUGAUAGAUACCUACGUCUUGUUCCUCUCAUUACUCUUGUUGACAAUGCUCGAGUCAGGGAGAGACUUGAAUUUAUUGAAAAGGAUCAACGUGAAUACACAUUGGAUGAUGAGGACCAGAAGAUGCAGACGGUUAUUUUAAAACCUGAGCCUGACAAAGAUGAUGCUGCAGAACUGAAGAAAACUCUUUCAUGCUCUUACCCCAACUGUUCUUUCACUGAAGCACUUAAAAAAGAAAAUGAAAAGCUUAAACUUGAACUACAACGAUCACAAGCAAAUUUGGAUAUGAAUCAGUGUGAAGUCAUUCAACGUUUAUUGGAUGUCACAGAAGUUGCAGCUUAUUCUCUUCCGGAGAAGUGUUCAACUGAAAAAAGUCAUAAGAAAGUGCAAUACAGUUACACUGAUGCCAAUGAUGACCAGGGUCAUUCAUCUGAUGAAAAACACCAUAAAAUAAUUGACAAUUUUUCACCAGCAAGAUUGUCAGUUUCACAAAAGGAACUGGUGUCAACUGGAGGUUCAUAUCAGCAGGAAGAUUGGCACACUGAUUUACUUGCUUGUUGUUCUGAGCCUUCUCUUUGUCUGAAGACGUUCUUCUGUCCUUGUGGAACAUUUUCAAAGAUUGCUACUGUUGCAACAAACAGGCCCAUGUCCUCUGGAGAAGCAUGUAAUGAAUUGAUGGCAUAUUCAUUAAUUUUAUCUUGUUGUUGCUAUACUUGUUGCAUAAGGAGGAAGCUUCGGAAGAUGUUGAACAUCACGGGGGGCUUUAUUGAUGAUUUUCUCUCUCAUUUGAUGUGUUGCUGCUGUGCCCUUGUGCAAGAAUGGAGAGAAGUGGAGAUCCGUGGGGUUAGUGGUCCUGAGAAGACCAAAACAAGCCCUCCACCCUCCCAGUACAUGGAAACUUAAGUAACAAAUGAGAUUGUCAUUUGGUUGUUUAGAGAUUCAAGGGUCCUUGAAGACCAUACUAAAUAGAGGCAUUGGCUAUUGGAAUUAUCAAAGGAAAGCAGUAACUAUGUAUUUUGAUUCUCACCUCACCUGGCCUUGGUUAAACUAUGUAUAGUAGCUUUUUUGUGUUAUACUAAAAGCCCGUCUGUUUGGGCUUCUAGAAAAAAUGAUUUUUAUCUCUUUUUUAUUUUAGAAGUAUUUUUUAUAAA